CUGACUACCCACGACAAAGUAGCAGCCAACCUCCCCACCACCUUCUCCUCAGACUUCAACAUGAGGAACAUUGUGGUGCUCGGCGGAACUUCUCAUCCGCAGCUCACUGAGACCAUCUGCAACCACCUUGGCAUACCCAAGGCCAAGGUGCUUCUUGACAAGUUCAAGGGCGGUGAGACAAGAGUUGAGAUUGAAGAGAGUGUUCGAGGCAAGGAUGUCUUCAUCAUCCAGUCUGGCGGCGGUAAAGUCAACGACCAUUUGAUGGAACUUCUUAUUACCAUCUCGGCCUGCCGGACCGCCUCUGCGAAGCGCAUUACCGCUGUGCUCCCCCUCUUCCCGUACUCGCGACAGUCAGAUAUCCCCUACAACAAGACGGGUGCGCCUCUUUCAAAAGUGCCAGGCUCGCGUUCCAGGACUGGCACCUACACGUUCGAGUCGGCCCCGCCCACGCCAUUUCCAGGCCAGUCUGAGAGCGCCGGCCUUACAAAUGGCUCCGCCGCGCUGCACCACCAGCUCAGUAGGAUGAAGAUGGACGAGCGCAAUGGUGGCCACUCAAACCCCACGAGUCCUGUCAAGUCCAACGGCAUCAAGCGCACCGACACCAUCGACUCGACCAAGUCAGAAAAGUCGGCAUACUUCAAUGGCGAGCACGGAGCCAAUGCGACCAACGGUACCAACGGCACCUCCACCCUGACGCGCCAGCCCACCGUCACAAAGCCACCGGCCUUUGAGCCUCAAGUCGGAUACCGGCAAUGGGUCGCUCAGGCCGGUACGCUGAUUGCGGACCUUCUGACAUGCGCGGGCGCCGACCAUGUAAUUACCAUGGAUCUUCAUGACCCUCAAUACCAAGGUUUCUUUGACAUUCCCGUUGAUAACCUCUACGGCCGCCAUCUCCUCCGCAAAUACAUCCAGUUCAACAUCCCCAACUAUCAGCAAGCCGUCGUGGUCUCUCCUGAUGCUGGAGGUGCCAAGCGAGCAACCGCCAUCGCCGACGCACUGGGAAUGCCCUUUGCCCUCAUCCACAAGGAGCGCCGCCCUACACAGAUCAGCGACCGACAAAAUGCGACAAUGAUGUUGGUUGGAGACGUGAGGGACCGUACAACUAUCUUGGUGGACGAUCUGGCGGAUACCUCAAACACCAUUACCCGCGCUGCAAAGCUUCUGAAGAAGGAGGGUGCGACCCAGGUCAUUGCGCUCAUUACCCACGGCAUUUUGAGCGGCGAUGCUAUUGACCGCAUCAAUGCUAGUGCGCUAGACAAGGUCAUCGUAACCAACACAGUGCCUCAAGAAGAGCACAAGUCGAGAUGUCCCAAGCUAGAGGUUUUGGAAGUUGGCAAUGUCUUCGCCGAGGCCAUCCGACGAGUCCACCACGGAGAGAGCAUAAGCGUUCUCUUCGAUUACAGCUAGUACCUGAACUCGGCGAGCAUCUCUUCCCGGGGUCUAUUAGUGCUGUCAUUCUCAUCAAGGGGUGCCGGGAACACGUACAAAAACAAGGCGAAGAAAAAUUGGCUAGAAACAAGGCGCUAGGGGUUUUGCUUUCUCCGCGGGAUACACUCAAAGGCGCAGUCGCACUUUUAUGUGUGUAGCAUCUGUUCUUUAUUAUUUAUUCUUGACACAGACGUGGAUGUGAUAAACCC